AUGGACGACAGAGACUCAGCAGCUCGCCCGAGGAGGAGGAGGAGGAUGGUGUCUACUACCUCCACUACUACUACCGCUGCUGCUGCCGAGGACCAUGGAGCUAACGUUAACCUGCUAAGUGCCGACGUGAUCGAGAUUAUCUCCCCCAGAGAAACGCAACCUGGUGCGGAUAGACUGAGUGCUGCGGACCGGAGGAACUCGGUACCUCAAGCAAAUGUCCACCACAGACACAUGCCGAUGGAGCCGCUCAAGUUCCACAUACCGAGGAAAACCAAGGAGAAGAGAGCUCUCUUCCAGUACGUCUCCACUGAGUCCAGAGAGUAUGAAGACAUGAUGACCAUCCUGAACUCCAGCUACGUUGACACCAACUCCGCUGGCUGCUUCACCUACUGCAAGCCUCGCCUCGUCCACAGUGAGCUGCAGGAGAAAGAGUUUGUAGAGAAGAGGAAGGAGAUGAAGGCAGAUGGGAGGACUGAUAAGGAGCUGGAGGAGAGCUACUGUUUCCUGUUGUCUGAUGCUGUUAAGCUUCCCCUGCUCUGUGAGAAAGGGCUGUUUGUGGGUCAGAGUUGGCUCACAGUGUUGGGACACCCGAGUAAAGGGGUGUAUCUCUCCAGGUACUCAGACCUCCUCCAGGUUAAUCUCUUCACCCCUGGAGCCACAGGGGAGAUCAUCAUCUUCAAAGUGAUGAAGGGGAAAGUGAAAAGCAUCUAUGAAAACAUGAAGAACAUUAUAGAUCCAACGCCUCGCUUCGACAGCCACCUCUCCAAGAACGCCAGCAAGGUCACAUCGCUCAACUCCUUCCGCGCCUUUGAUCUCACACAGCAAUACUUCUACGAGUAUUCGUUUGAUGAACUGCGGCAGCGGCCUCGUCAGGUUUGUCCGUAUGCUGUCGUCUCCUUCCAGUUUAAAGGAAAAGACUCUCCGCUUCCCAGCAAACCUCUGGCCCCCAUCAGGUCGAACAGUCAGUCAGCAGAGCAGAGUAAAGAGCGAGCUCAGUUCACCGUGUGGACUGGAGAUUUGGUAAAAGGCGACCAGGUUCUCUAUCAGAUCGCCCUUCGCUCCUUCUCUCCUCCCUUCCUGCCCCACAGACUACCAGAGAAGUUGGAAAUUGGUUGGUUGAUGAGGCUUGACAAAGUGACGGAGCUCCUCCCCUCCGACCUUUUCUCCUACAACCUCUACAAGAGCAGCCAAGAAGUUGUGAAGAGCGGCCAUUGCUGCAGUCUCCUGGAGGUGAUUGACAGAAGUCGGUCAAUGAACAGUGUGGUUAAACUGCUGCAGGAACUGGAGAUGAAGAGAGUGGUUCUGGUGACUCCACUAACAGAGAAAGGCUUCCUCUUCCUGCUGUCCAGUGUUCAGAUGGCAACACCCAACGAGAGAGAAGAGAACUGGAAGAGGUGUCUUCAGGCCUUGUUUGUCUUCCCAGAGUCAAGAGAUGUGGCCAAUGCCACAUCAAGGUGUGCCUCCUCCUCCUCUCAUGAUGCAACAGAGUCGUCGAUGUCUGGCAGCACGGUGAUGCCGCGUCUGAACCAGUUCAUCCCAGCACUGCAUCAUGCCCUGGUGAAGGCCCGGGCCAACCCCCCUCCUGAGCUGUCCGCCGGUGUUGAGCGCCAGGCACGGGAGUACCUCAUCGGCCAGAGCGACGGCAAGGUCCGACAGUAUCCCAUGGGCGAGUACGACUCUAAACAGGAUGAGGACGGGCAGCUGUUUCCUGCUCCCAAACAUCACCGUGUGAACAUGGACGGCUACCUGCACUCCUACCUGUACAGCCCCGCCCUCUACCUGCUGUCAGUGGCCCGGGCCAGGCAGAUGGUGGAGGUGCAGUGCGGCCCCAAGGAGCCACAGGAGGUGAAGCCCAGGAGGAGCAGUGGAGGCCAGAAAGAGGCGAUGGGGAACGAAGCAACCAGCAACACCAGAGACAGACCAACCAAGGAGAAAAUGCAGCAGCUGCUAGACCUCAUUUUAACCUGUAAGAGGAAUGCGGAGAAUGAGGUUAAACGAGAGGAAGGAAGAGACGGAGGGUUGAAAGUACCUGGGAGGAAGAGGAAGCUGGAACAGGAGACAGCAGAGAGAGCGCUGAAGUUCCUGAAGGCGUCGCAGGAACCCAGAGGAAGUGAACAGAUAGCAGUUGAGGGAAGCCAAGUCCCCGCCCCUCCUGGCUCUCUUGAGUCUGUGAUUGGCUCAGUAGGGUUGAAGGACACUGACCUAAGAGACGGCUCUGAGCUUGCUACCCAACUUCUCAACCUGCUGACAGGCCUCAACCAGGCUGCCACGGGAACCGCCAGUCAGAGCCCUUCUGAGGUGCAAGAGGAAAGCCAGAGGGAAUCCUGUCCAUUUGAUAGGCUGGCCACCAAACUGGGCCUCCCCACCAACUGUGACAUUGACCUGAGGAAGCAGGAGGAGCUGGAGGAGCAGACGGCUGGCAGCGUCAGUAGUUUGGAGGGAUUCAGUCCCGGCUCCCACAGCGGGGAGAUGAUGAAUCACCACGGAGCAGCAGGUAGAGGGGGAGGAGGAGGAGGAGGGCUGGGGAGGAGAACAGGAGGAUUUCAAGAGGAGGAAGAACAGUGGGUGAUCCCGUGGGUCCUCAUCCCCAUUACAGGUCUGUGUUCGAAGAGGUACACCCAGAGAGACCGAAACAUCCCUCAGGACCCCCGCUUCCACCACCUCGCCACGGCAACAGCCAUUACCACAACAACCAAACCCCCCAGGAAGAGCCCCACCCCGUCUCCUGUGCCCAGCCCUCCUCCCUCCCCGUCUCUGUGCCCCUCACCUGACCCCAGCCCUCCCCCUUCACCCUCCCAGUGCCCGUCCCCGGAGCCCAGCCCUCCCCCAUCCCCGUCUCAGUGUCCGUCCCCGGAGCCCAGUCCUCCCCCGUCUCCUUCCCAGUGCCCAUCUCCACAGCCCAGCCCUCCCCUCUCUCCCUCCCAGUGCCCAUCUCCACAGCCAAGCCCUCCCACCUCUCCCUCCCAGUGCCCAUCUCCACAGCCCAGCCCUCACCCUUCUCCCUCCCAGUGCCCCUCUCCACAGCCCAGCCAUCACCCUCCUCCUUCCCUGUGCCCCUCGGUUCAGCUCAGUCCUCCCCCUUCCCCAUCCCGGUGUCAGUCCCCAGAGUCUAAUGAGCUCAUGCCAUUUAACAAGGAUCGCAGUCGUGCUAACGAGGAGCGAUUAGCUCCCACAGCCUCCAGGGAGUUUGCAGGAAUAUCAAAGGACAGAGAAGAGAAACCUCAAGGGAAAGAAAAGAAAAAUGGGGAACCAUCCAUUUCUGCAUCCAACCAGCCAUUUAUCCCUCUAGUUUCAGAGAGGAGGACAAGCUGCUUACCAUCACUCACUGAGCGAGAGGUGGAGGAUGCAGACAAAAGGGAAAUGGGGAAAGUGAAGGACACACAGACAAAACUUUUGGGAGAGCGAAAAGAAAUGCAGCUAGUUGAAAAAGUGUGUAAACGAGGGGAAGAUGAGGUCAAAGAGGGAAAGCAGGAUGAAAUGGAGGUGGUGGACAUGAUAUGUGAUGAAUCUAGUGAUAAGGAGCAAAAGGGAGACUCAAAGGAACUGGUAGGUGGCUCUUCGUUUUCUCCCUCCACCUCCUCACCUUCCGCUCGUCCUCUCAGAAAUAUCGACAGCAUUGUGGACAAACAUCUGGGGGACUUUUCCUCUGAGUUACAGCUGCUGCUGCAGGCGGAGAGCGUAUACUACAGCUGCCCACAAUCCCCACACUCCACUUCAAACACAGAGACCUCCGCCCCUAAACACACAUUCCCAAACACCUCAAUAUCGCAAUUUUCACAGUAUGUGUCAUUCUACCACACCUGUCCGCCGGUGCAGGACUACGUGAGCUCACUACAGGACAGCAUUGACUGCAUGAUGACAGAGUUUGAUGACAGCUGGCAGAGCAGCAAGCGUGACACCAGCCGGACUGAGACUGACGCCACGUUGGCCAACAAAGUGAGCGCUUUUGUGGCCAGCAUCCGAGCAGGCAAUCCUAAAACAGGCAGCGAUGAUGAGGCUUCUGCUCCCUGCGGUGAACUGACGGCUGCCGGUGCCGGUGAUUCAGUUAGUGUAACUCCUGCACUCUCGAAAGGAGGUGAAAUGUGGCGGCCGGAUUCAAUCACCAAACAGGUUCCUGAUGCUGCAAACAACAGGAAUCCCCCAACUUCUAAUGUCACUUUAUCUGUUCCUACCUCGGCAUCUGGUUGUAGCCAAGAACCUGCCAACACUGCCGUCCUCCAUCCUCCCCCUAACAAGUCUCACUGGAAACCGCAGCAAAGCCAUAGCACCUUAGAGAGCAACAGGACAGUCUCUCACAACGUUAGAGAAACACAAGAUAACAGCACGGCCUUGGCUGUACAUAUUCCCGGUGGAAUAGAAGCUGGAAGUAGCCUCGCAGGUGCAAAACGCGAGGUGACUAUUCCAGGUUUGUGUAGUGUUUCUAAACCCUCCGCAGAAUCUUCACCCCCCUCUGAGCGCGUCUCCAGCCCAGCCUCUGGGCCACUCACCAGGCCCGGCACGAGCCCCGCUCCCCCGGCCGCAGAUCUCAGCUCCCUGAUCAGCCAGCUGCAGCCAGAGGUGUUCAACAGCCUGGUGGAGAUCAUCAAAGACGUCAAGAGAAACUCGCUGCAGUUCUACCUCCACAGCACCGAGCCAGAAGACCAGGUGUAUGAAGACGUCAGGGAAUACCUCUUGAAGCAGGGCAACGUCGAGCAGAGUCCUGUGUCCUUUAUGAACCAAGAGAACUCUGACAACAAGCUGCUGGUCGUCAUUAAGAACAAGGACAUAGCUGGACACAUACACAAGAUCCCUGGUCUGAUGUCUCUGAAGCGACACUCGUCCGUGGUGUUUGUGGGGAUCGACACUCUGGACGACAUCAGGAACAACAGUUACAACGAGCUGUUUGUUUCUGGAGGCUGCAUCGUUUCUGACGAGUUGCUCCUCAAUCCGGACUUCAUCAGUCCCGAUCGACUGGCUUCACUGCUGAUGUUCCUGGAAAAACACAGCUCUCUAGACAGUGUUUGGAGAUGGAGAGUUCACUGCAAAACACACAAGAAAUUAAAAGAACAAGCCAGGUUCAGGAGAGAUGCAGCGAACCUACUGGACAUACUGUCAGUCUAUCAGAAGCGGCAGGUUGUUGAGUUCCUCCCAUAUCAUCACUGCGACAUGAUCAACCGUCAGUCACCUGACCUGGACUGUCUUAUCGAGCUCCAGGCCCGAUACACACAGUACCGACACACAAUCUUCCUGACCGAUCAUCAUUUUGAGAAGUUCCCUGCCUACUCCAGUAGCGGUAUCAUCGUGGCCAGUAUCGAAGACAUUCUGCACAACUUCACCAAACUGGUCGGUUAUCACGAUAUCAAGGACAAGCAGCCAAUCAUAGACAACCUGAUUGCACCCAAAGGUGUCGUUAAACAGCGGAGUGAAGGUGACUGUGUGUCAGGCUCUGAGCGUUCUCCGUCUAUCUUCCCAGAACACAUCCACCCGCUCUCCUCUGGUGAACAAGCACAACAUCUUCUCCAACAGCCUGGCUCUAGCCUCCCCCAUCCCCCCCAUCUAUCUGACCAGCUAGUCCCAGAAGCUUCCUGUAAAGAGGGAAUGCCAAACCAUUCAGACACAGACCUCGAAAUGCUGCAAAUGGCCAUCUCACAGUUACGGGCUGAACGUCAGGCGCAGCAGCAACAGCUACAGAAGCGAUUAGAUGCCCAGGCAGAUUUCAGCGUUAACUCCUGCAAAAGCUUCCUUUCCGGUCCUGUUCGUACGGAUGGAGGUCAGUUUCCUCCUUCAGCUCAGGGUGUUCUCAGUGAUUCAGUCCAGAUCAACCCUGGAAGGAAAGCAGUGGCGGCCACUCUGGAGUUAAUUCACUCCAAACUGCAGACGGAGCAAGGUGAGGAGCAAAGGAGGGAGCACAGAGAUGGUCUCCCGCCCACAGAGGGAGAGAAGAAGGGAGGAGAGGCUGGAGGUCAGACAGGUGAUACUCCAGUGAGAGUGGUGGGGUCAUCGGGCGGAAACCAGGCUCCCAGUAAUAGUGACAUAUCCAGCUCCGUCCGUCCGUCCACCACUUCAUCCAAUCAAAACACAGCUGCAGGACCAAGUGGCCAGACAGACUCGACCAGUUACGAGAGAGAAAAAGCAGAUCAGCGAGGGGACUCUGCAUUACCCAAAGCAGCUAAAGAUGGUGCCAUGUCCUCCAGUACCACCUCCUGUCCUCUAGAGGGUGACAUAUCAAGAGACAAACAGUCAGGCCAGGAACCGCCAGUAAGGGGAGAAGGAUCGACACCUGGUUACGGAGGUACGGUAGCUUCCAGGAGCGCCCAGGUAAAAGGAAGUAUCACCAUGGUAACAGACCAAAAAGACAACCCAAAUCAACCCGCUCAGCCGGGACUCCAACCGAUCCAACAGCCUCAACAUCUGCAGCAACUGAGCCAACAGCAGCAGCCAAACGAGCAGACCCGCCAGAGUGCGUCGUAUCCGCUACCGCCACUUUACACCCCGCAGUGGUUGGGCGACGGCCUGCUGCACCGCCCCCACCUACCCUUCCCACCCCCGCCCAUGCCACGGCCCUUGGCUCCCAUCGGCGGAGCGCGGGGCAUCCUGGGGACGCCACCUGCCUGGUCGGGCGGCCUGGGUCCUCGGGGUGCCGCGCUGGUUUGGGGAUUUCAACGGACCGGUAGAGACGUCACUGGUUCUGCUCUGCUGGGGGGCUACCACACCCCCGCAGGUCAGAGCAGCCAUAGACACAGAGGAGGGGGGCAAAGAGGAGGUUUUAAUGGGAUGUAGAAGGACACAGAUUUACCUACACACCUCCUGAUCCGCCCAGGGAGCAGGUCCAAGAGGAGUAACCCGGUCUCGAUCUAGUCAUAUGAAGAAGUGGAAAUGCACUAGACUGAAGGAAGGAGUGUCCACACUGCAUGCAG